GCUGGCCCCACAGGCAGACGGCGAGGUGGGAUGGUGCUGGUGCUGUGGAUGUGCCUGGCACUGGGCACCACCAGUGGGGAGAGCCCAGCACCCGAGCCCCUGUCAGGCGGCCAGCCCUUUGCCGUGGUGUGGAACAUUCCCACUGGGCGCUGCCAGCACCACUUUGGCGUGGCGCUACCUCUCAGUGACUAUGGCAUCGUGGAGAACCAGGGCGGCCACUUCAGGGGCCAGAACAUCACCAUCUUCUACAAGAACAAGUUUGGGCUGUACCCCUACCUGUCACAGCAGGGUGUCCCCCGCAAUGGGGGCAUCCCCCAGUGUGUCCCUCUUGGCGCCCACCUCUCCAGGGUGGCUGAGGACAUCCACCUCCUCCUGCGCCCUGCUUUCCGUGGCUUGGCCGUGGUGGACUGGGAGGAGUGGAGGCCCCUCUGGGCCCAAAACUGGGGGACCAAAAAGAUAUACCGGGCAGCCUCAGAGCAGUGGGUGCGGGACCGGCACGGCAUCCUGCCAGCACGGCGGCGGCUCCGGCUGGCCCGGCGGGAGUUUGAGCAGGCGGCGCAGGCUCUGAUGGAAGAGACGCUUCUGCUGGGCCAGACCCUGCGCCCAGGGGGGCUUUGGGGUUUCUACCGCUUCCCUGACUGCCUCAAUGGAAACUGGGCCAAGGAGGCCAACUACACUGGGCAGUGUCAGCCGGCAGAGGUGCAGCGCAACAACCGGCUGGGCUGGCUCUGGGCUGCCUCUACAGCCCUCUACCCCAGCAUCUACCUGCCACCAGCACUGCCGCCUGCCCUGCGCCACCGCUACGUCCACCACCGGGUGCGCGAGGCCCUGCGCGUGGCCGCCUUCGGAGCCCGUGGCCUCCUGCCCGUGAUCGCCUACUCUCGCCUCUCCUUCCGCCGCUCGCCCCAGUUCCUGGAGUUGGCUGACCUGGUGCACACCAUCGGGGAGAGCGCAGCGCUGGGAGCAGCUGGACUUGUGCUCUGGGGAGACAUGUCCUAUUCCCGCUCAGCUGAGAGCUGUGCCAGCCUGCGCCACUACCUCGUUUCCACCCUGGGCCCCUAUGUGGCCAACGUGAUGGCAGCAGCCCGAGAGUGCAGCUACAGGCAGUGCCACGGACACGGGCGCUGCGUGCGCCGGCAGCCCCACGACCUGGGCAGCCUCCUGCACCUCGGCCCCGGUGCCGGCCCACCGGCUGCUUUCCGCUGCCACUGCUACCGCGGCUGGGUGGGCGAGGGCUGUGCUCAGCGGGUCCGGCCUGGCCCUGCUGCCUCCUGCCUGGUGCCCACCCACACUCACAGCCUUUAUGGACGUAAGGACCUCCCGCCCUCCGACACCUGCCCGCCACAGGGCACAUGGGGCUGGUGACCCGGGCAGGGGACCGCCACGGUCCCCUGCCCUGGCAGCACUGCUGCUGGCACUUCUUAACGGUCUCAUUAACUUAAAUAAAUCCUCGUGGCAGA